AUGGGCAAGAACCUCGGCACCGACCUGCGCAAGUUCAUGGACAAGCGCCUCCGCCUCACCCUCAACAAGGGCCGCAAGAUCGAAGGCAUCCUCCGUGGUUUUGAUGUCUACAUGAACAUCGUCGUCGAUGAAACCGUGGCGGUCAUGGAUGGCGCACCCAUGGGCAUGGUCGUCAUCAGGGGCAACGCCGUCGAGAUGAUGGAAGCUCUUGAGCGCGCUUAG